AUGAAAAUUCUGAUUGAAGCCCUGCUUGUUGUUUUGUUCAUACAAGGUAAGUGUCAGUGGCUCACUUUAAAGUUGCACCUCAAUGCUUUGCACUUCCUUUAAUGCUUUGCACUUCUUUCCGUGCUUCCAGGUUCCUCAGCUGAAACCUCCACGGAGCGCAGCGCCUUGGUUGGAACAGAUGUGACUCUUAGCUGUGUCUUUGAUAAACUAUCAAAGCGGGUGGAGUGGAACUCUCUCACCGUGGAGUGGUAUAUGGUGGAUAAACAGUCUGUGAAGAGGCCCGUGUACAUGUUUGUAGAUGGGAGAGCGCACAUGAACAGAGCUGGCUCUGUGGUGGAUGAAGUGCAGUUGUUACACAGCGAUGCAUCUCUGAAGCUUUGUAAUGUGACUGUGGGAGACGAAGGACUUUACACAUGCAGGAUCAUCACCCCUGUCGUCUACACUGAGACUGCUUCUCUGCAAGUACGAGGUACGCCUCUUUGUGAAACAAUUUGCCUUUCAUGUCUCUUUCCAAACUGCUGUUUUACUUAUUUAUAUACUUACCUUUAAUGAAUUUUUUUCUAAAGCCAACAACAACAUGACUGCAUACUACACAGUUUUACCCUAGCUCCAAAGUUAGUGCUCUGUAUUACAUAUGGAUAAAAACAGAAUUUGAUGGCUUGAAAAUCCUUCAAAACCUGUUUUUAAUUUAAUAUAUUAAAUUUGUAUAAAGACAUCAAGUCAAAUGUAGGAACUGACAAAAAAAAAAGUGCAUUGUUAUGCACAUUUGAACUCUAGGAGUUGGAGACCAGUUUCUCAAAAUUUGAAUGUGAAAUGUGACACCUGGACUCUUCUACUAAAGAGCUAUGCUGUUGUUUAUACCUACAGGAGGUUUGGCUGAAGAGGCAGUGUUCAUACAUUCAGUGGAGCCUCAAGUUGUUUUCCAUCUUGUCUUUUACAGUUUUAACCUUCACCAGAGAUUUACUGCAGUUUGAAUGCAGAAACACUCAGAAAUGCAAUUUCGCACUUAUUUUUCUCAUGAUAUGUCCUGUAGCAUCAGAAAAAUGCCACAAGAAUGUAGACAACAAGAAAGAUUUUCAUCGGAGUGGUUCUCUAACUGGCAGAUAUUCAGGUUUUUUUUUAGUAUCAUAGAACUUUUCAAGAGUUUUGUUGCGACUUUUGAAAUGUAUUGGUGACAAAAUUCAUAGUUAGCAUCUUUUUUGGCAGAACAUUGUUUUCAGGCUCAACAUUGAUCAUGUUGUCUUUGCACAAUAAAUCUAAAUCACGACAUUUUACACAGCGCUGCAGGAGCACUAUACUCUAGAGCUGUUUUUCUUUAUUUAUACGACUUUGUAAUUUAUUUUCCUUUGGAGACUGAAUGUAUAUAUUUUGAUGAAGUAAUGGUACACCGGAAAAAGAAGCAAAUGCUCUGUUUUUGAUGUUUCCAAAGCUCGACCUUCAGUGUCACUACCACAAAAGAUAGCACUGACAGAGGGGCAGGAGAAGACAAUCCAGUGUAACAUCACAGGUUACUAUCCAGACCAACUUGAUGUGACGUGGCACAUCCAAAACAGCUCCAACAUCAUCCCUGCAGCUGCAAACCAGCUCUUAAGUGUCUGCACCAACAUGGCCAAACACAACCCAGAUGGCACCUACAGUAUACGCAGUGGCAUCACACUGCACUCCUCAGCAGUGAAGGGUGGAGAAAUGCUUCUCAUCUGCAGGGUGGAGCACCUGACCUACAGUCAGCCAUACGACAGAUCUGUUCGACUGACUGUUCAAGGUGAGACUUCAGUUUGUUCUUCACACUCUGAAUUCAGAGAGAGAGAGGCAGGGCAAGUUUAUUUGUGAGGCACAUGCUGGCAACAAGAGAGUUAAAGUGAUUCAGACAAUAAAAGAAUCAUUACAGGGCAGACCUUCACACGGUCUUUGGAGUUUGAUUUUGCACAAACAUGUCAAUCUGAGAAGCACAGUCUUUAUUGUUAAAAUGAACACCGUCUCAGUCUAAUCCUUUCAGGGAUUAUGAGUUAUCCACCAUCGAAUUCCCCUUUCUGGAAGAGGGAGGGUUUACUUCAUUUUUAUAGUCUUUUUAGAGUCAGUCUUGCUUCCACUUUGUCUGAGUUUGAUCCACUGUGGGUUGUACAUUUGUUGGAUAUCUCAAAAGCUUCUUUUCUUACAGCUCAAUCACUGCCUCCCCACAUUAGUGCUAUUGUCAUAUUCCUGGGCAGUUGUGUGAUCCUCUCCUUGGUUGCCACUCUUAUUGGAGUUUCUGUGUCUGUCCUAAGGCGACUUUAUAAAGGUACGUUUUAUUUUGAACAAAGUCGUCGCCGUAACACUUCACUUGACGCCUAUCUCUAUAACGCAGUAUAACUAUAUGUAUAAUGCAUUAUAAUCACAUUAAAGCAUUGUAUUACUACAGUUAUAAACACUCAUAAAUGAUCAUAAUGCUUUAUAGUAAUAAUCAUACCAAAUUAUAAAACAUCAUAUCAUGACUUACAAGGUCAGGUAUCAUAAUGUGUUACAAAGCCUUAUGAUAAUUAAUGAGUGCUUAUAAUGAUAGUUAUACAAGUUUUUAGGCAAAUUAUAAAACAUCAUAAAUAUAUGUAUAAUGCAUUAUCUAUGUAGGCAUUGUCAGUGAGUUGUUAUCAGUUAUAACACAUUAUAAUACCUGACCUGUUAUCAUUAUUGCUAUAAAGCAUUUUGAUCAUUUAUGAGUGUUUAUAACUAUAGUUAUACAGUGUUAUAGCGUGAUUAUAACACAUCAUACAUACAUUUAUAAUACGUUAUAGAGAUAGGCAUCAAGUAAAGUGUUACCGUAGUCGCUUUGGUUGGGAGUUUUUCAGGUCUUACUGCCUCCUGAUUAUGUGAUGAACAUCCCUCUAACAGAAAUUUGGUAGAAAGUUUGUCUUGAAUUGUUAAACCGAGUAACAUCAUGCAUGUCUCUCUUCACAGCUCCACCCAAUGUUUCUCUGAUCACACCCAAUAUCGUCCACGCUAACAAGCCGACACGCCUUCAAUGCGUCAUUCGAGGAGAGACAAGGCGGGCACUCAGAGUGAAAUGGAUUCAGAGCAGAACAACUGCAGGAUCAAAUGACUGGUUAGAAUCUGAUUCUCUGUUCUCGGGCGAUGAGGAUUUAAGCCACACAGCUUCUCUCGAGACAGAUGGCAAAAAACACAUAGCUGUCCUCCCUGUGUGCCUGAGCAUCAAAGAGGACAAGAACAAAUACCAGUGUGUCGUACAAUGCAGGGGCAAAACCAUCAGCAGAGAGGUCACAGUCCAGGUUCAAGGUGAGUAGACCUAAACUCAAAGUAGCUGUCAAGGGCAAUCAUGCCGCAGUAGCAUUAAAUAUUUCAAUUAGCAGCUUCAGAAAUGCCCCCACUAAACCCCACUCAGAUCUUCAAAAGUGGACUCACACCAAUGCUCAACAUCCUCCUUCAUACUGACAUGAUUGAACAUAACCACCCCUCUCCUCUUGUCUCACAACCUCCAGUGGAGCCCACUCUCCUCCAGAUCUCCAGCAUCCCUCAGAUCCCCAGGGUGGAGAAGCGGCUGGUUCUCUGCUGUCGUGUGGAGAACUUCUAUCCUCCAGAUGUGGACCUGGUGUGGUUCAGGAGUGACGGGGAGCAGGUUCGCACCUUCCCUUAUUUUGGACCGUUCUCCGCCCAAAAUCAUCUCUACAGUGUGUGGAGUAAAAUGGAGCUGCUCAUGGCGACAGAGGAUGAGAAUGUGUGCUACACUUGCAGAGUCUACCACACCAGCUUCUCUGAACGUGGUUACAAAGAUGUCUCAUACAACAUCAACACUCAAGGUAACAACAACAAAACUUCCCCAGCUAGCGAGAACAUGGCUGUGUAAUAUGAGUCUGGUUCUGCUCAAGGUUUCCGCAUGUUAAUGUCAAAACUAUAUUCGGUUUAUGUAGUUGAGGGCCUGGGCUGUACCACUAGGCAAAAUCAGCUCAGGAACAUGGCCGCUGUUUUCUCAUCAACCAUCAACCCAAGAAGGGAUGUGUGUGUUUCUUCAACUAAGCAGUAAAACCUUAUCAAAUCACUAGAACCAGAAUAAGCUCCUGGUUGAAUACAAGAUUUAAAGACCCACUCCGAUGAAAAUCAUAUUUUCCUUGUCUAAAUGUUCAUAUGGCAUCUUUCUGAUGCUACAGGACAUAACAAGAAAAAACUGAGAGCAAAAUUGCACUUCUUAGUAUUUCUGAAUUCAAAUUGCUAUUAACCUCUCACGGACCCAAACUGCAGGUUCAGAUACAGUGAGAUUCCUAUGUCAUAACCCCAAGCUCCUCCUCCUAGAGCCUCGCUCUGUAAGCCAGACUCAGAGAAAGGAGGACGAUCGAGGAACAAGUGUGAAUGUUGGUGGAUCGCAAUGCUUGUAAGAAAGCUAAUUAUGAGAUCAGUUUUCAUCAUGCUCCCGAAGACAUUAGUGUCCGAGAGCUGAAUAGCACCCAUGUUACCUGCCACUUCUCCUAUACCGGCAAUGUUAGCCUACAUGCUAGCAUGAAGAGGAGUGUGCAGAGCAGCGCUGUCUCCACGACUCAGAGGUGAAUCGCUAAUGAACUACUGGAGCUCUGCAGAAGAAAAGACCUUAAAAAUGACACAGGUAACGUGAUUUUGGCAAAAAAUUUCAUAAUCACAAUAAUUACCAUCUUUAAUGACCAAUUAAAAAAAAAAAAGAAAGAAAGAAAGGAGGAACCAAUAAUCGGAGUGGGGCUUUAAAUAUACAUACAACCCUAAUUACAAAAACGUUAAGUGAAAACACACUUUAAAAAAUUUGUAAAUUUAAAAAUAUGGUUUUAAACUUAUUUUGAUGGUAUCUAAACUUCCUGUGAGGAGUUUUUUUUUUUAGGCUGAAAUUUAGAUUUAUGUGCCCCUCUGUUGACAUUGGAGGAAAAGAAAAUUAAUGCCUGGCCACUAGUUCGUAUCUUGUGGCCACGAGAUAGUAAGUCAUGGCCACGAGAAAGUUAAUGCUUGGCCACGGGAUAAUAAUUUGUGGCAUUAACUUUCUCAUGGCCACUGGUUAUUUUCUCAUGGCCACGCAUUAGUAUUUUUUUUUCUCCAGUGACACCAGAGGGCCUCCGUACAAAACACCAUCAUGACAAGAUCUAUUUUUUUAAUUUCCUUAUUUUAAGGCCUGAAACUGGUGCAAGGGAUAAAGCAUCAGCUGAGCAGAUGAAGAAACAGACACGUUUUUACAAUUCCACAUUAAAUCUUCACAAUAAAUGAUACAUUCAACUGUAGAAAGUUGGCAGGAUGUUCUAUUUAUUAUUCAUUUUUUUGGUCUGAAGUAACUACUUAAGCCUGAGGAGGACAAGAUAAAAGACUGCUUUGUCCACAAGGGGCUCCAAACUUGACAUAUAUCAUAAGUUUUUCACAGGAGCUUUAAAUCAUGAUAUAUUUGAUUUAAAAUAGUGCAACAGCAAUAUUUUAAAUAUUGAAUGUUGCAUUUAUAUGAUAGUGAAAAAAGCCCAAAGAACAGAAGCUGCACUCUUGUUAAGCCUAUGUGGAUUUGUAUUCUUCCUCUAUGUCAUGUGCAUCCUACCUGUUCAGAUAAGCACACUCCUUAUAAUCUACCUUGUCAUAUUUUUGUUUAUUUUAUUUAUACAUAUAUAUAUUUUUUUCUAUUUUAUUUUAUUUUCUUUAUUGCUCUUAUCUUGCUGUUUUCUUGCUGCUCCUACUCUGUAAAGUGUCCUUGAGUGUCCAGAAAGGCGCUUAUAAAUAAAAUGUAUUAUUAUUAUCCAUGCACAAAACCACAUACUCAAACACAGCCUGAACCACAAAAACCUAGUAAACUCAAAUACAAGUCUUGUAUAUUGCUGUGCCUUCACCCUGAAAGAGUCAAGUGUGGAAAUUAUACCCCGGGGUAGUGUCAUCUAUAUUCUUACUGGUGUACUAGAGUAAAUGCCCAUCCUAAGAAUCAGAACCUACAGUCCAAACCUUCCUUCCUAAUAAUGAUCAUUAUAUAAUUGAUACCCUGCAACAUAUCUGUGAAAACUCAGCUAAUCAAAUAAAGCUAGUAAAAUGGAACUAUUCAUGUAAACAGACCGAAUGCAGACAUGUUUCACACGUUUCCAACCUGUUUAAUAUGUUUCUACCAUCUCUGUUGAAACAGGGUCUGCUCCUGAGUUGACAUACAUUAAGUGUGAACCAAACGUCCCUCUGUUAAACAAAGAGUGCACUCUGCACCUGUUCAUCGAGGACUUCUGUCCUGAGGGUGUGACUGUGACUUGGACUAAAAAUGGAGAGGAGCUUCUCUCAGGUGUCUUUAACACUCCUCCAAGCCUGAGCAUCAACGGCUGCUAUUCCAUGUUCUCUUUUCUCAAAUUCAUUCCCACGGAGGAGGACCAAGGAGCCAAGUUCACAUGCAAGGUGAUCCACAGCGCCCAGAAGGAACCUGGAGAGGAGAGGUCUUACGUACUGAAAGCCCUGCAGGUGCCAAAUGGCUGCUGA